UUUGUAGUCAAAUUGUGUUCUAUUCUAUUCUCCUGGGCUGGACUUCGGGCUACUCAACAGCAUUCCCUGCAUACAUCAGGAAUAUCACUUGCGAACUCACCACUUUGACCUUUGUAUCGAAAGUUGUCAUGGCCGGGAUCAGCAAGCGGGACUCGAUGGAUGCUGGCAUUUCUGACUCGACUAAGAAACCAGAAAGUCCACAGAUCACAUCGAAGGGCACGCCUUCUAAAUGUCCCCUGAGUCUUACCACCAUACCACCUUCUUUGCGCAAAAGAAUCUACAACCAUAUUCUCGACACCGAGCUUGUGAAUGUCGGAAAUCCCAAUGUAUCCUACACGCAUACACUCAAAAAUAAUGCCCUUCAGUUCGAGGCCUCACGUACCCCAUUUCCUAUUUGUACGUCACUGUUCUAUGCCAACAAGCAGAUAUCCGAGGAAUCUAGGCUCUUCUUCUACUCGAAGAACUUAUGGGUACGCUUUGAAAUCUAUACCACAGAUGCCCGGCAUGCCAAAACUAUGCUCGAGGAGUCGGGAGUUUUAUUUGCGGCAACAAAAGAUGAUUCAAUCAGCCGAUCGCAACAGCAUGCACUGGAUAUGACGCUCGUGGAGAAGAAUAGCAGCCAGAAAAGAGCAACUGUUAUGUUUCCCGCACAGUACCUGCCCAGACUCAUCAACUUUAUGGAGCAGGCGGGUCGCACCAGUAAGGCGUGGGGCAAGGGACAUGCACUCUUCCUGACGCUGAAGGGAGUUCAUGGCAUGGAAAUUGCAAGCGUACAAGGCGAUUUACUCGAGGGUUUUAGAGCCCUGACGGGCCUUUCGAAGGUGGUUGUCGAUGGGAAAGAGAUACUACCUGGGUACGCUGAGAGUCUUGCAGAGAGUAUGAUGACAGACACUUUCGAUGUCGAGGCUUGGUUUAACUCUCUGAAAGAGACUCUCACCAGAGCAAGAGAAGAUCAGAGCGGGAAAAACUAUCAAGAAUCAGUCCAACAAUGCCGAUCUGCUAUCAUAGCCCUAACUUACGGAUACCUGACCCGCGCCGAACUACUACAUUCCCAACCUGAAGCGUUCCACAAACGCAUACAGCGACUGCGGUUUGACCUCGAGUCCAAUCUUUCCGCUUCGCUACUGGCAGCAUCCCCGGUCUUCAUGGACUCAAAGCCUUUAGAAUGGCUCUCGCUACCCUCAAUGCCACUGGCCACACGCCAUCACACCGCUGCUGCCCUGCUCUCAGCUGAGACCGCUUCUUCACAUGCUUUGAGUCUUGCCACAGACUCUCCCUCGCCAUCUUCAAACCCCUGGUAUCGUAGCCUGCCGCCCGAGCUCAUACCACCCAAUAAAGAAGCAUGGUUCACCGACACAGACAGAGCGCAUGCGUGGCUUGGACUCGGUAAAGCACACUAUGCCGUUGGAGAGUGUCUAUUUGCAGCAGGUGACCUGGAAAGAGCGGAGCGCAUACUCGCAGAAAAGGCGGAACCAGAAUCAAAUCAACACGAUGAGACAAUCAAUACAGCAAGAUCUGAGGUGAAGGUGUGGUUUGAGCGUGCCAGGGACGGGAUCAAUUGGAACGUGAGGCCGGGCUCUUCACUGCGGAAAGUCGCCAUGCUGGCCAGAAAUGGGUAUGCGGACUAG